CAAUAAUCCCAAACCUCCACACCAAGAGGAAACAAACGCCCAAACAAAAACAAAACAAAAUUCAAACACUCACAAGACACUCGGCAAGCACUGCACCAACAAGACGUCUAACCACUCCAGACCACUGGAAACCGGUAACCCUCACACGGAAAUCCACUCGCACCUACGCGAUUGAGCGAACAAACACCCACCCACUCACCACUCAAAGAGACAUAAGCAAUGGCUAGCCACCGCAACACCAUUUUCGGCACGCAAAUCAGUAGCGGAGCUGGUGCUGGUGCCGGGCACGGUGGUGGUGGUGGUAAUGGCUACGGCGGAGGACGACAGUCCAUGCAUGCCCCCGGCGCUUCUUCGUUGUCGACUUCUUCUGGACAGAAUGGCGCGGCGGUUAAGGCUAGGCAGAUUUCCCAACUCCACGCUCAAUUAACGCAACUAUCCAAUAACCUCGCCGACACCGAGAACCUCUUGCGCAUGACCAGCGUGCAGGCAGAGUGCAUGAGGGGGCUGGGGAGUUGGCAUGGUGGAUUGUUCAUGGCAGCAAGUAAAGUCCUAGGAGAAGAAAGUGUCCAGAGUGUGCAGGCUCAGCAGGUGGUUGAGCAGCAGCAGGGUGGUGGUCAAGGUGGUCAAGGUGGGCAGGGUGGGCAACAGAGGUGAGGGUGUGUUGGAAAAUGGGGAUGAGGUUGCGGUUGGGUUGUGGACUAUGGAAACAUUCAGUUUGAACAAGCGGGAGCAAGGAGGAACAGGAGGUCAAAGCAAUCACGAUGAUACGGGACACAGAGUCACGCGAAACAGAGCAACGAAUUAUACCAUGCCAUGUAUGUACAUGAAAGAUUAGUUGUUGGAGGUUGUAGAUAUGUGUGAAAGGUCGGCUUCCUGA